AUGGGAUUCACGGACGUUGAUUGUCAGGCCUGCAUGUUAGCAGGCUUCGGAGCGCAGAUCUGUGAAGCUGGUUGUAGCAAUCGCGCGUGGUGCUAUCUGCACUUGGAUCUCAACAAGCACGCGCUCAAGGACGCCACGAGGGCCACGCAACUCGCUCCCAACCAGCCUCUUGCCUUCAUGCGCCAAGGUGCGGCGUGGCUGGCGUUGGGCAAGAAGGACGAAGCCAAGGCAGCCUUCAGCCAAGGCUACCAAGCCGUGACCACCACCGGCAGUAGCGCUACCACCACUCCCCUCGCCGCGUCCUCCUGCGUAGACCUUGAAUUCGCGCUGCGCCUGCACUCGCUCUCCAUCGACCCGUCCUCCCCUCUAUCCCCAACGCCCAAGCUCGCUUCUCCCUCUAGGCAGACUCCCUCCGCAAACGCCCUGCCUGCGUCUCCCUCUUCUGCGAAUCCACCUCGCACGCCGUCCCCCGCGUCCUCACAUCGCUCUCCUGCCGCUUCUUCUGCCGCCCAGAAUGGAUGUGUGAUUUUAGAGACGGGAUCUGGAGAUGCGUCGCCACGCAGUGUCAAAGAGAAGGAAGGGAAGCUGGGUAAUGGGGAGGGUGCUACUGGGGAGGCGCGGGGAGGUGCUUCACCCAAGGAGCAGAAGAAAGAGGGGAAGAAGAAGGGGGUUCGAGAAGGAGAGAGUAGAGGGGAAAGGAGUGGCGGAGGAGAUGACAGAGGUAAAGGGAGCAGUGGCGGAGGGAAGGGGUUGGGAGGAGCACGCGGCAGCCUGGCAUUGGAUUUGCUGAUUUCCCUUGGGAUUAACCAGGUCAAUUCAGGCAAGCUUGACGAUGCUGUCAAGACCUUCAAUCAGGUUCUGGAGACAGACGGGCGGGCGCUGGGUGCGCUGGUGGGGCGGGGAACAGCACGGGCUCUGCAACGCAAGCUCAAAGAGGCCGUGGCUGAUUUCACUGCCGCGAUUGAGAUUGAGCCGCGAGCAGCAGAGGCGUGGAAGCGGCGAGCUCAGGCGCGGGCUGCUCUGGGUCAGAUGGACGAGGUAAUUGAGGAUUUCACUCGAGUGUUUACCAUCGACCCCUCGUCUACGGAUGUGCUAGCUGAGAGGGGAGUGGUGUAUGUGAAGCAGCGCAACUACUGUGCAGCCAUUUCGGAUUUGAAGACCACUCUGGAUUCCAAUCCCAAGGAUGCCAAUGCGUAUAACUUCCUGGGUCUGGCGCUGACAGGCACAGGGGCGUGCAUGGAGGGCGUUGCAGCAUACAAGAAGGCUGUGGCCCUGCGCCCAGACUUCAAGGAUGCGUGGGUUAACAUGGGGCAGGCUUAUAAGGAGUACGGCGAUGCAGAGAACGCAGCCAAGUGCUAUCAGAAGGUGUUGGACGUGGAUUCGAGCUUUGCCACGGUGUACCGCUACUGGGCGCUGCUCAAGCAUGGCGUCGGCGACCACAGAGGCGCGUCACAGAUGGCGCAGAAGGGGCUGAGGCUAGAGAGGAGCAACAUCGAGCUCAUGUACUCCUACGCCUCCUCCGAGCAUGCUGUGGGGGAAUACAGCAUACUGCCGUGCGCACAUACGAUGAGAUGCUGGGCGUGGAGACAGACUCCGAGUCCAAGCUGCUGCAGUUCCUCGGCUUCUACCAGCGCGAGAUCGCCCUCUACACGCUCUCCAAGCACUCGCAGCCGCUCGUCCACUUCAGCCUUGACAGGGACCUCGACCCCUUCUUACAAGGAAGCGUGGUGCAAGAAGCUCCCCCCCACGCUGCUCUUCCCAGGCUACACCACCCAGCCAGUCCCACCCUCCAUCGCCGUGCGUCUGGGCAAGAAAGCCUCGUCUGCUGCAGGGGGCAGCAGCAGCGGUGGCAGCGGCGGCAGUGGAGGCGGUGGUGGUGGUGGGGGCGGCAAGAGCAGUGGCAAUCCCGAGGUGCAGAGGCUGCUGGAGCUGGCAGAUCGGAUAGGCCGGCUCACGCAGUAUUCCUGCCCUGGCUUCCAUGCCAACGUCCGCCAGUAUCGCAUGGCGGGCCUUGCUGCCAUAGAAAUCGCCCAGGCUGUAGCAGCCGCCUGGGAACAGCGCGAGGAGGAGGCUGCUGCUGCUACAGCUGCCGCCGCUGCUGCCGCUGGUGGCACAUCUCCUGCUUCAGCUGCGGCAGCCGCCGUUCUUGCUGAGCUGGAGGAUGGAGGUGCUGACAUGUCGUCUUUCUCCAAGUCAUCAUCUGCUGACAUGUCAUUGUCUCCCGUGCCAUCUUCUGAUGACGUGUCAUCACUUCAUUUGGACGAUUCUCUGAUGGAUGAUGGGGAGCCGUGUGACCCGGCUGUGUGGGUGGACAUGCUCACGGAGAAGGAGUUUAGAGCCGGCUUUGGGUCGCACACGCCCAUUCUCAUCGGGCAGACCAAAGUGGUGCGCUACCAUGCUAACUUCGACCGGGCGUUUGCGAUAAUGAAGGAGGAGAUGCUGCGGUCGGGUGCGGUGCAUAACGCUGCCAACAACCGAGUGGCCGUUGAUGACCCUGCACAGAAAGCAGCUGUGGCAACAGCAAAGGCAUGUGAGGAUCUGUACCGGGUGGUGGGGGAGGACUUCUGGAUCGUCACACCCUGCUACAGCAUGGUGGACCCAGGGAAGGUUCUCGAGGGUACACGACUCACCCUUGUGAAGACUCCCACAGGGUUUGACUUUGCCAUCCGCACGCCCGGCACGCCCUCACGCUGGGCGGACUACGAUGCAGAGAUGACAGCUGCAUGGGAGGAUUUGUGCGCAGUGGUGGGAGAGAAGAUGCAGGGCGGGGCAUGGAGGCCGCCUCUGGGCCCCUCUAUGGCGCGCUUCCAACGAGCCGUGCUGCGCCUCGCCUAUUACUGGUACAACUUCAUGCCACUGGCACGUGGAACGGCCAUGGUGGGGUAUGUGGUGACGCUGGCUCUCUUCCUCGCAGCUCAGCUGCAGGUCACCGCCACCAUCCCACCCAAACUUCAGGCUGACUGGGAGGCCAUUCUCUCAUCGCGCUUUGAAACAUUUGCCUCGGCAGUCAUGCCAUGGCUCUCCCCGUCAGUCACGCCCCUCACCGACCCCACGCUGCCCUCCUUCCCCUUCCUCACCUCCCAAUUGCCCACCGUUGCCUCGGCUGUUGCCGCCCUCUCCUCGCCCCCCACGUCCUCUCGAGCACCCUCCGCUGCCCGCUCUUAG